UCACUAUCAUUUACACAUCACUGGGCCUAUAUUUGUUUUGAGAAUUUCUUUGGUUUAUCAAAAUUAUCAGUUUAUUGUAUUGUAACUGUAUUUAUCCUGGACCUGGACCCUGGACCUGGAUCUGGAUCUGGAUCAUAUCCACAGACGACAGAAGCGUGUACGUACAUUAGUACAAGUGGAGAGGCAUCCAGAGGGCGGAAGGUUCAUGAACUCCCCUCCUCGAUGAGGGCGCGACAGACAGACAUUUCUUUCCUAUUAAGCGGAAGUGAUCCAAGAGCAAGGUAACAGGAUACGAGGAUACAUGCCAAAGGAUCGUAAUAUACCAUACAAUCGGACAAAUUUCUGAGAAACCAGGACCAGAGGACACCACCAGCUAUGCCGCUCUUCACGAGGAAAACCUCCAAGCCCGGAUCUGCAGCAGAUAAUACCUCACAGAUCAGCAACAAUAGUGAUGGGGGCAAGGGGCGUGCCUCUGGCGUACCCGCCAACAUCCAGAACAACAAUAACAAUAACAACAACAACAGCAACAGCGCCGACUACACGAAGCCCCCACUGGUGUUCCACUGUCAGCUGGCCCACGGCAGCCCCACGGGCCUCAUCCAUGACUUCUCGAGCGUGCGAGAGCUGUACCAGAAGAUCGCCGAGUGCUUCGACAUCUCGGAGAAGGACAUCCUGUUCUGCACGCUCAACUCGCACAAGGUGGACAUGGCCCGGUUGUUGGGCGGGCAGAUCGGGCUGGAUGAUUUCAUAUUCGCCCACCGCAAGGGCCGGCCCAAGGAGAUCGAGAUAGUCAAGUCGCAGGAGGCCCUCGGACUGACCAUCACCGACAAUGGGGCCGGCUACGCCUUCAUCAAGCGCAUCAAGGAGGACUCGAUCAUCGACCGCAUCGAGCACAUCUGCGUGGGCGAUCACAUCGAGAAGCUGGAUGGCCAGAAUAUGGUGGGCAAGCGGCACUACGAGGUGGCCCGCAUGCUCAAGGACAUUCCUACGGGCGAUACCUUCACACUGCGCCUGGUGGAGCCCGUGCGGAGCGGUUUCCAAGGCAUAGGGCCGCGCAGUCAGUCACGCGCCGCGGGCAGCGCUGGCGGUGGACGCAACUACGGCAGUGGCAAGGAGACGCUACGCUUCAAGGCCAAUGGAAAUGCACAGAUCGAGCCGAAGUUCGAUGAGGCCACGGUGGCCGGGAUCGAUGCCAUCAAUAAUCUGCUCGAGUCCUUUAUGGGCAUCAACGACACGGAGCUGGCGUCGCAGAUCUGGGAUUUGGGAGACAACAAGUCCAACUCGAUGGACUUUGCCGAGUCCAUUGACAACUCGGACCUCGAGUCCUUUGGCUUCACCGACGACUUCAUUAUCGAACUCUGGGGUGCUAUAACGGAUGCCCGCCGCAAGUCCACGACCAGCCCCAAGUAGGGACCCGAAGGUUGGGAUGUGGGAACUAUUGACUUGUUUGGGAACCAAUAAAAAAAAACAAUACAGAAACCAUUAGAGAAACUAAGAGCUAAGCCACAAGCCUAAGCAGAAGAGCCUUUUCUGUUAUUCUUAUUCUCAAAUAUUGCUAUCAUUAAUAUGUGUUUUGAUUAAAGUUAGUUGCAUACA